AUGCCUGGAGUUCGUAAGUCUGCCCGUUUCCCACCCUUCCCCAAGUUCUCCCCGGUCGUCCUACUGCGAAAGCUGCCGGAGAAGCUAUCAGAGCUUCUCAAAGAUACGCGACGACGCAACAAAUAUCUGAGUCAGAAGUGCCAAGAAAAAUCACUAACAUGCGAUGCUUCCCAACUAGCCAUCGACGCCCUGGACAACCUCAAGUCCAAGUUCAAGGCCAUCUUCAAGAAGAAGGACGAGAAGAAGGCCGAGGCAAAGCCCGCCGAAGCCAAGCCUGUCGCGACGACCACCACGCCCGCUGCCACCGAGCCUACCAAGACUGAAGCUGCCCCCGCCGCUGCCCCGGCCACUGAGCCCGCUGCUGCUCCUGCUCCUGCUCCUGCUGCCGCUGCUGAGCCGGUCAAGGCCCCCGAGCCUGAGGCUAAGAAGGAGGAUGCUGCUCCUGCUACCACCGAGCCCGCCAAGGCUCCCGAGGCUGCUCCCGCUGCGCCCGCAGCUCCUGCCGUAGCCGCCGAGGCCCCCAAGGCCCCUGAGCCCGCCACCGCCCCCGCUCCCGCCGCUGCCCCUGCUGCCCCGGCCGCCACCGAGCCCGCGAAGACGGAGGAAACUCCCGCGCCCACCGCCCCGGCCGCCGCUCCCGCUGCUGCUGAGACCGCGCCCGCGCCCGCUGCUGCCCCUGCUCCGGCCGCCGCCGCUCCCACCGAGGCCGCCAAGCCCGAGGAGAAGAAGGAGGCCGCUGCCACCGCCUAG